CAAGACAUUGUUGUCGAUUUUUGUGGUUGGCUGCAUGAAAAAACGAAUUUGUUAUUGUUUUUGCUAGAGUUACAUGGUUGGGUGGCCAAGCGAAAUCGAGCCUGUAUUCCCCAUUUCUCCCUCCUCCUAUCCUGCCUUUUCUUUCCUCUCAUCCAACAGUGGGAUGUCUGAGCUCAGCGAAGAGCCACGCUUCACAAUUGAACAGAUAGAUCUUCUGCAACGUCUGCGUCACACCGGUAUGACCAAGCAGGAGAUCCUGCAUGCACUGGACACCCUCGACCGGCUGGACCGGGAGCACGGCCUCAAGUUUGGCAGACGCGCCUCAUCCUCUUCCUCGUCCUCCUCCCACAGUGGAAGUGGGGCCAACAGCUUCAGCAACAACAACACCUCCAGUACAAUUACUGCCAUCACAACAUUCAACAGCAACACGGCCUCACUAGCCACCACCUCUUCAGCCUUCUGUAAUGGAAACAACGGUAGUGUCAGCAACAGCGGCGACAGCAGCAACGGUGCAGUUGAACACUCGGCAACCUCCAAAGUCUCCACUGCCACCCAGACAGAGUUCUGUGCUGGUGGGGUUCUCUCACCAUCUCACAGUUAUGCCACCUCCCCUCCCCCAGGACCUCCCCCACCAUCCACCAUUCUACCCUCCCCAGUCUCACUGGUGGCUCUGUCGCAGAACAGCCAUGACAGCCUGGCGGCCGUGCCCAAUGGGAGGCUAUCACCACCACGCUACCCAGUAAACAGUGCUGUGGCUGUGCGGGCCUUCAGUGGGUUUGAAGCCACUGAGGAGGACCUUGAACUUGAUGACAAGGUGGAAGAGCUGAUGAGGAGGGACAGUAGUCUGGUGAAAGAAGAGAUCAAGGCCUUCCUGGGGAACAGGAGGAUUUCUCAGGCAGUGGUGGCACAAGUCACUGGGAUCAGCCAGAGCAGAAUCUCACAUUGGCUUCUUCAGCAUGGCUCGGACUUGAGCGAGCAGAAGAAGAGGGCCUUCUACCGGUGGUACACAUUGGAGAAGACCACCCCAGGUGCCACAUUAACUAUGCGGCCAGCCCCAGUAGCUUUUGAGGAGAUGGAGUGGCAGCAAACUCUACCUCCCAUUACCACUGCCCCAGGAACCUUUCGGCUGCGCAGGGGGAGCCGCUUCACCUGGAGAAAAGAAUGCCUGGCUGUGAUGGAGAGCUACUUCAAUGACAACCAGUACCCAGAUGAGGCCAAGAGAGAGGAGAUAGCCAAUGCCUGCAAUGCUGUAAUUCAGAAACCAGGGAAGAAGCUGUCUGAUCUGGAAAGAGUAACCUCCCUUAAGGUUUACAACUGGUUUGCCAACCGUCGCAAGGAGAUCAAGAGGCGGGCUAACAUCGAAGCCACAAUAUUGGAGAGUCAUGGGAUAGAUGUGGCAAGUCCCGGAGGACACUCAAACAGCGAUGACAUCGAUGGGAAUGACUUCUCAGAGCAGGCCUGUGACCUACCCUACUUUGACAAGAGACCUCUCAGCAGACCCUUCGGCUUCUACAGACUUGAGCCUUCUUCUCCAACACAGGAUGAUGGCUCAGGGCAGAGCGAGCACCAGGACCCUAUCUCUCUGGCUGUGGAGAUGGCUGCUGUCAACCACACUAUCCUGGCACUGUCCAGGACUGGAGGGGUCCCCAGCGAGAUCAAGACCGAGUCCGCGGAGGAGGAAUGAACUACAUAAGAACUUGGGAUGGAAGGAUAGAAGGGUGUAGAGAAGAACAGUCAGUGUGUAAGAAGGGGAAAGGCAUUGAUGAGGAGCGAAGGGAAGACCAGGGCUAUUAGAAUUAAUCAGUAAUUAGUUAAUCCUUAUGAAUUUGUCUGUUGUCCAGUCUCCUCCUGGCUAUUUCUACCGUCCCAACCUCCCCUGUCUUCCUAUCAAGUUGUGUACAUGGUAUUUACUGUAAGACUGUACAUGUUCUGCUCUUCUGUGGAAAGAUGAGAAGGGGCUAAUCCAGACAUUUAUGCCCCCAUCAGUGUUUUUUUUUCUUGGGUACUUCUGCUGGGGGUUCCCCUUGUCCUCCUUCUCAUCUUCUCCCUUUUGUGAACUCUCUUCUUCUUCUUCUCCCAAUGAAUCCUUUCCCUCUGCUUCCUUCUCCUUGCGAGGUUGUCUGAGUCGAUCGUCAGUUGAUCUCAUCUCACGUCAACCUCUGAAUAAUGUGUACUGUAUAUAUAUGUAUAUGUAUAUAUAUAUAUAUAUAUAUAUAUAUAUAUAUAGUUAUUAUAGCUCUCCAUUGCACACCCAUCCUUGUGUGCUACCUAUCCCUAAACUCCUCUUCAUAAUUCUUAUGCUAUUAAUCGGUGCAACAUCAAUGGCCUUCUCCCGUUGCAUGGGCUAGAGAUGAAGAGGCAGAUGAUGAUGGACGACAAAGUUACAGACGUGUUUUCCCUCCUCCUGUCACUGAGAAGAAUAAUGGUGGUUUAACUAUUAAAC